AGAAGAAGGAGGAAUGUAGAUCUGGAACUACAACUAGAACCUUGAGAAUGUAAAAAAAUUGCAAUGGGAAUGAAACUGAGUUAAUUUUUCCGACCAGACUAUUCCGCAGCAAAACCCCACAAGUAUGUCCGAAGAGCCAGCACCUCCCGCCGGCGCGGAGGAGCCCGCGGCUGCCGCUGCGCCGGAAGAAGCCGGUGCGGAGCAACCGAACGCGGCAGGUGCGGACGCGCAACAAUCGGGAGCAGGUAGUAAACCGGGCGGACCAUCAGCAGCUACACCUGCGGCAGGUUCAGGUGGUCAGAGGUCUUCAGCUCCACCUGCGAAAACCACAGCAGCACCCCACGACGACGACGACGACCACAGUGACCACGACCACCACGGCUUGCGGUACUGGCUUGAACACAACAUCUUCGAACAACCAGUGUUCGAGAUCGGGUUGAUUUUCCUGAUCAUCCUCGAUGUCGCGGUGGUUGCUACCAUAUGCAUUGCAAAUAUGUCUGGGUCUGGAAACAUUGAACUUCUAAUGGUAGUCCAACAUUCCUGCAAAAUCUGUAUUGCAUCAUGACUAACAAAACGACGCCUCCUUUUGUCAUACAAAAGCGCAGUUUGUCAUGCUUGGCUGCACUUCUGGGAAGUAUUUUAGUCGUGUACAUUUCAGCAUCACAAGUUUCCAGACCGAGACAUACUUAUUUGCACUUGAUACACCAUGGCGACACUGGACACCAUCGUCGAGUUUCCGUUCGACGCGUAUCCUAUGUAGAAACGUGCUCACACCGUAGUCAAGAUUGGAAAUCUGCUAGACAAAUCAACAAGCUUCGGCUGCUGCGCAUGAUAAGUUUGGCCGCGUAGUGUAAUCCUGUCAAGCCUGGUCAGCAGCGUCACAGAUCUCGCCUGCUAUGCUGAUUAGAGCACUAGAAACUCCAAAACACGAAAAGAGAAUGCUUCUCAUGCGGUUCCGCAUGCCAAACGUUUUGAGCAUGCAGAUUUGCAUGACAGCUAUCGGCUGGAAGCGUUUUUACAUAGGAUAUUGCGGACCCGAAGUUCGAGCCGGGCCGGGACUUCGCCCUAGUCUACAACUGGCGCCACCAUUUGCAGUUCUACGAGGGGUAUCAAAUGUAAAAAUGUCUGGGUCUGGAAACUUGUAAUGCUAAAAAUGAAUGAUAGACGCACUGCAAUACGCAGCUAUGCAUGACAAAUUUUUUGGCUGCCAUGUCUUACGUAUUCCGCAUGGCAAACUGCGUUUUCGCAUGACAGGUAAGAGGGCUUUUUCGUGCCUAUGCAACACAGAUUCCCGAGUCAUGCCAGACAAGCAUGACAAACUUGCAUUCUUCCAGACCCAGACACUUUUACAUCUCAUAAGGGGUCCCCGGGCGUGUUUUACGAGAACGGACUCUACCACGAAAUCCAGUCGGCGUUGUCGGGCGAAAUAGUGAGAGGAAAAAUCCCCCCUCCCCAUAUCGAAAAGGUAUCUUUCCGAAAAUUUGUGUUGCUGAUUUGAGGUCACAAAUCAAUUUGUGUUGCAAGAAGACAAGGGCAGAAGCUUCCGCCCCAUUAUGGAAGCGGCUUGUCAUGCUGUUGGGCCUAAAGGUCAGCCGUCUGCAAUGCUGAACAACUAGACCCAUACGCCCCUACCUAGCCUGGGGGUCUGGCCGCCAUGCCUCUCUGCAAUACAAAUCUGAUUUGUGUACGCAUAUCCAGCAUCACAGAUUUCCUUUUUGAUAUGGGGUGGGGGGAUUUUUCCUUUUCAUACGAAAACGCCACUACUUCCAACACAUCAAACAGCAGUUCAGCGCUGGUCGGAAGCGGCUUCAGCGGGAGUAGCGGGGGGACAACCGCAACGUCGUUCUUGGCAGAACACGGAAAUAAUAAAAUGGACGAUAAGAGUGUCCUGAGUUCGACAACGGCAAUCGAGGCCAAAAAUCAAGACGGAAGGGAAGACGAAAUAAACCGUGAAAGAAAAACAGCAACCUCGUCGUCUUCGACAGAACCCGGGUCGUCGUUGCGAAAAAAACAGCGCCGGUAUGAAAAUUCGCACAACUUUCUUCUCCCACAUUUGAUGCGAGAGAACGACGGGCACGACGAAGGAGGAGCGGCACCGGAGUGGCAGCUGCAGUUGCAGCUGAAUCAUGAAGACAGCGCGGCCGCGGCAUGGACCUCUUCACAACGACCUGAGGACACAGUUUCGGUACAAAAUGUCUCGCCCUCGUCGUCACAGCAACGCUUCGUGAAAGCCAAUGCCAAAGCUACUACAUCAACAAAUGCGGACAGUUUGCAUAACAUUAAAGCGAGGAACAGCAAAAGCAGAUUGAGACGAGAACAACACGCGGAAAGAACUUCAUUGUCCCCGCAACAAGAUGAACACGAACCACUAAAAGAUGUUGUUGGACCACAAGAAAACACAAAUAGUCCCGGUAAAAAAACUGCGGUAGAAAUAUUCGCGCCCGGGGAUGAAGAUGAAGCUGAAGAACAACUUGCCAACACAGAUGCAACAGCAUCCUUGGUGCAGUUUUUGCAAACACAAAGUUCCGGCGGGGAUCCGGUGCAAGAAGAAGAAGAAGACAGCGAUGGAUAUCAGUACGAGAACUUUGCAACAAAUCCUCUUCCUGUGAAUCUGGAACGCAACAAGCGCCAGCUCCAGCUGCUCCGGCGCAGCGAUUAUUCGCCAGAGUUGCAUCAACAUCAACUUCCAGAAACUGCUCAUGACCGCGAGCUGAUGCCCACCACGACCGAGGAGUCUACAGCUAGCGCAGCUGGUUCUCCUACUCACGCAAAAACCAGCACCAGCAGUUUCUCUAGAAGAAGUACUCUAAAACGCUGAAUUAGCGGCAAAGCCGGUAAUCCCUGUGAAGUCCAAAAGCCCAUGACCCUCGUGCAUCAAGGCCUGCCGGCCGUGCUUCAAAAUCUUGGAGCAGAACUACUUUGCAAAUUUGGCAAACGUGCCUUGCAUGCUUCGUUUUGUCCAAAUGCAGCAAACCUGUGACGUUGCUCGUCGCCGCGGGCCUGGCUUACCUAACUUGCCUGCCCCAGGUGACAAGUCUGAAACGCAGCCGCCUCAGCGCACAGGCUUCGUAGAGCAGGCGGGCGCGCCCGGGCGUCCGCUGGUGCGCCCCUCGGCGCCGACGUUUUGUCACAGAAUGAGGCCCCAGACACUCCGUUAACCAGACCUCGGGGUACCCAGAGGUUCUGUUUAUCGCGAGCUGUUUUUGGAUUUUUGGGUCUGCAGCCAAAAAUCCAAAAACAGCUCGCGAUAAACACGACCUCUGGGUACCCAUAGGUCUGGUUAACGGAGUGGCGCAGGGUCCAUUCCUGGACACAACGUCGGCCUGGGUUACGGGGAUACUGAAUCUACUUAACACGACCUUUGGCCAUGCAAAGGUCAUGUUAAGCGGUUUUUUUUCCCGGCAGACUCAGGGAGUCCGGGACUCAGGGAGUACUCAUUUGCCCUUGCGCUCCUGUGUCCCUAUUCACGGGUCAGCUCAACUUCGAGCCUGUUUGCAAUAUUAGCGUCCGCCCUGAAUCCCGAUUCAGGGUUCUAGGGAUCGCUUAUCGCUGAGAAAUCGCAUCAAAUGUUGGGCGAGAGAUCGUGGAAAGUUGGAUUCUCACAGAGUGGCCGGGUUUGCCGCUUAUUCCCGUACUCAGAGUAGUGGUGAACAAAUCCCUUCACGCUCGACCCGCCCCAGCAUCGUGACCAAAAGCAGUCAAAGUGUCGUCCAAAAGCCCCCGCGUGGAACUAUCGCGCUGAACGAAAUACGGAAUCACGCGGCAGACCCAGGCCGAGACGAUGAGCAAAAACGCGACCAGUUGCACCAGGGCGUGGACGCGAGCGACGACGACGAUGAAAAUUCGCUCGACAAUUUUGCGGAGAUGAAGCUCUUGAAUACUUCAAUUGCAGCAGCCAGCAACGCCACCACAGCUGCACCCCAGACUACAGACGUUUCCGGACGGCUGUCGUUUCCGGACGGCGCAUUUGGUUUCCAAGCUUACAACCACAGUUUUUACCAUGUGGCACAGGAAAUCCCGCCGACCCUGGCGAUGCCGCACGCGGACGUGGUGAUAUCAAACAAAAAAAGUUCGUCACGAUCAUUCAUGCGCAUUUUUGCAAUACAAAAUUGUUUGCCUUGCGUAAAAAUGCAUCACAGCCAAACUUCGUUAGGGAUUUCCCUAGUGUUUCUGCAAUACAAGGAAAAUUUUUGACGCUAAGAAAAUUUGUAAUGCAAACGCAAACCCUGCAAAUUGGUGACUGUGAUAAACUUUUUUCUCUCCAUAGGUCAAGACGAAGAUCCACAAGUGGGAAAGCUUCCGGCACGGUCUCCACUUCUGCGGGCAGAUCAUCGCGCUCAUGUUCAUGAUCGAGCUCACGCUGCACAUCUUCUGCCACGGGGUCAUUCACCACUUCACGCACGGGUCCAAGCUACUGAUCAUCGGCCACUGGCUGGACGCGUUUGUGAUUCCCUUCAGCUUCAUCACCGAGUGGUUCCUCGCGGAAGAUUAUGCAGUGCAAAUUAGUUCUUGCAUGGAUCUGGUUCUGGAUUUAAUAUGAUGCGCAUUUUCCUGAUAAUUGAAUAACGACCAGAUCCCCUGAUGUUCAUGCUCCAUCAAGAGGAUCAAUCAACGUGCUUGUCGUGUAGAGCGCUUAUUCAUUUUUCCAGACCCGGAGGUAGACCACACUACACUUUUGCACUGGAUAGCGAAAUGCAGUCUUCGUCUUUUGUGACCGGCUUGCGGCUGUGGCGCAUUCUGAAGAUCUGCGUGGGGGAAACGGUCUUGGCGGCCCAAAUCGCCGCGCGCGAGGAGAAGGCGGAAGACCACGAACGGGAAAAAAUGAUUGAGUUCUUGGAGGAAAAGAUCGAAGAGGGAACAGCGGAAGGGGACGAUCGGAAGUCACAGGUGGUGGGGCAAUUGCUAGAGGAAUUCAAAGUGUUGCACCCACAACACACUCACGAUGACGACCAUUGAUGAAAAGUCGAGCUGUAGCGGUGGAAUGAAAAAACCAAAACAGAAAAAUUUCUUCUGCUACUAGCUAGAGCCACACUUAUACGCAAGUUCCACUACACUUCUAUACAAUUCGAAGAAUAUGAAAAUUUCAAUUUGCUGUAUGAUACACACACCUACCGGAUAGGAUACCGAUAGCGAUAAUACUCAACCUGUUUCAUCUACACUAAUAUCUGCACCACGAAAACGAAUCUAUCAAAACUUUGUAUUGCUUUGCUUUGAAAUACUUUUUGUUUUUGCACUUGUAUCAAAACAAUCUUGAGAAUUAUUGAAUGAAUGAAAAUUCAAAAACGAUCCAUAAUGGCUCGAACCCGUUUUCCGACCAAAGAAAAAACUCGAGGAGUCGAUUCUUGAUAUUUUUUCUCGCCACUCAAGAUUCAAUGUUUCCAGGUUUGUCGACAUACAUUUCCG